AUGGCUCCCCCCGCCGCCACCUCCCCCAUCGCCUCUCACGCCCACCCCCUGGACGUCAAGAACGGCAAGCACCAGCACAAUGCCGACUCGGCCGCCGCGGCAGCGGCCAAGCUGCACGACUUGGCCACGGACUGGAACCAGUUCAGCUUCUCCCCGAUCCGCGAGUCGCAGGUGUCGCGGGCCAUGACCUCGCGCUACUUUGCCGACCUGCACGCCCACGCCGAGACGGACGUGGUCAUCGUGGGCGCCGGCUCCUGCGGCCUCUCGGCGGCAUUUCACCUCGCCACCGCCCGGCCGGACCUGCGCAUCACGCUGGUCGAGGCGGGGGUCGCGCCGGGCGGCGGGGCCUGGCUCGGCGGGCAGUUGUUCUCGGCCAUGGUCAUGCGCAAGCCUGCGCACCUGUUCCUCGACAGGCUCGGCGUCGCCUACGAGGACGAGGGCUCCUUUGUGGUGGUCAAGCACGCUGCGCUCUUUACGAGCACGCUGCUGAGCAAGGUGCUGGCGCUGGAUAACGUCAAGCUGUUCAACGCCACCGCGGUCGAGGACCUGAUCACCAGGCGCGAGGGUGGUGAUAAUGCCGGGGUCAGGGUUGCUGGCGUGGUCACCAACUGGACGCUGGUGUCGAUGCAUCACGACGACCAGUCGUGCAUGGAUCCCAACACCAUCAACGCGCCCGUUGUUAUUUCGACUACGGGUCACGACGGCCCCUUUGGCGCCUUCUCGGCCAAGCGUCUCGUCUCCAUGAAGCAGAUCGAGCAGCUCGGCGGCAUGCGCGGGCUCGACAUGCAGUCGGCCGAGGACGCCAUCGUCAAGCGGACCCGCGAGAUCGUCCCGGGUCUUAUCAUCGGCGGCAUGGAGCUGUCUGAGAUUGACGGCGCGAACCGCAUGGGUCCCACGUUUGGCGCCAUGGUUCUCUCGGGAGUCAAGGCCGCCGAGGAGGCCAUGGCUGUGUACGACACGCGCAAGAAGCAGAACGCAUACUAG